GUAUAAAUAAUAUAUAGCGGCUUCAAGAUGUUCGCAACAUGGCCCCCACUGAAUAAUGAUCUUUAAAAUAAUUUAUAUGGCAACAGUAAACUACAACGAGCGAAAAAAAAGUAAACAGAAAAUUGUUGUUGUUGCGAAACUGCACUCGAAAUCUGAGGUGUUAAUCGCUUUCAUAUUGCACUUUCAAUCUAUCGCCUUACAAAAACGAUGGCUGGAAAUAUUGCCGCAGGUUCUUUAUUUAUUCGUUUGAUGUCUGCAUCUGUUGCGGCUGCUAAUCAUGCUGGUAAAAUUAUUAGAGAUAUAUUAAAAAAAGGAGAUUUAGGAAUCGUAGAAAAGGGUUUUAAUGACUUACAAACAGAAGCUGACAGAUCUGCGCAAAGAUUAAUUGUGAAUUCCCUGUUGAAGCAUUUUCCCAAAGUUACUAUUAUUGGGGAAGAGACACUCGAAAAGGUCGACAAAGAUGAAGAAAUUCAAGUAAAUUUAGAUGACUGUGAGAUAAUUGGAAUUAAAUGUCCUGAAUAUUUAGCAGCUGUUAAAGAAGAAGAUGUUGUUAUUUGGGUUGAUCCAUUAGAUGGAACUGCUGAAUAUACACAAGGUAUAAAUAAUCUCUGGAAAACUAUGAAAGUUUGUAUCUUCUAUGAUGAAGCAAUAUUUGUUUUAGCAUAAGUCAGGAUUUCCUUUAGGGUCGCAUUUUUUGCAAAAUUUGAAAACACAGUCUAAGUUACGAAAAUGAAGCAAGAUAUUUUCGCUUUUAUGCUUAAAAAAGAAAAAAAAAUGAUUUACAAUCAGAAAAUGAGCAAGCAUCUCCAUACUGAGCUUGAUCUUUUUCUUUAUUUUAAAUUUUAAAGAAACAUUAGCUGAUGUGCAUUUAUUUCUCUAAAGAUCUCAUGUCUAAAUUUUGAAUUUUGCUUUCAACUGGAGAUGAAACACAUAGAGUCAGUGAAAAGAUGUGUAAACAUAUUCUUUAACCUUCGACAUUUUAGCAUUUUGCUAAAGCUUUUUUCCCAAUUUUAGCCUUUUUGCUCAGGAACGUUUGAACUCGGCUUAAAACCUAUGGCAUAAAUACGCACUUUAUGUCUCAAAGAUCAAUAGUAAAGGUCAGGGGCGGCAAAUAAGGGAUGCGAGAGGGGGCGGUUGCACCCCCAAAUUUUUCACUAAGAAUAAUAUAAAAUGGUAAAAUUCAAUUUAGAUAACUUAGAAAAUCAUUUGCCUGAAUUUUCAGAACAGAAAAAACUGAUGGAGGAUAAGUGUUUGCCUUAACUAAAGAAGUAAUCUCUUCAUAUGGGUUAAAUAUUUCAAAAUUGAGUGAUGGAGCAUCUUGUAUGAGAUACCCGUACAGUGUAGAGUCUGUGCAAAUUUUUCGCUUAAAUUCCAUGUCAUUUUACAUAAAUUUUUAUGCUCAUAUUAUAACUUAAUGUUCAGCUAGUAAGUGUUCAUUGACGCCAUGUACUAGAAACACAUUUUAGCAACUCGGUGUAUCAUAUGCUUUCAUGGGAACUUUUUGUAAAGAUAUGCUAUUUUUGAAAAACAUCUCACAUCAAAAAAUACUUUCACAUCAACAAAUGUAUCUUGAGGCUCUUUACUUGACAAUCUCUGAGUGACACAAGAUGGUCUUCAAGAGUUAUAAAAGCCCCCUGGAAGAAUUACUGGAAAGCGACCUUUUCAUUGAUAAAAAAUUUGAUGUCAUUUUAAUAUGUAUGCCUUUGUCUGAAUUUUUUGUUUACUUUAUUUAUACUGCGGAG